GCCAAGGUGUCCUUUUUCUGUGUAGGGUUCUAGGUAAUUGGAUCUGUCAUCCUUAAUUUCAGAUAAUCCAUCUUCUCCCAUUGUUGUAAAACAAAUGCAGUUUUUUCUAACUGAAUUUUAUCUUGCCACUCAUUCUUGCUGUCUGGUAUGCAACAAUACGAAAUACCGGCAUGUUCAAUAUACCCACACAACAACAAUUCUCUCUAUAGAGGAUUUUAAGACAAAUAAAAUGGAAACCUGAAAUAAAGGAUCUGUGUGGAAAAGGAAAUUUUUAUUUCUAAAAAAAAUUGUGUUUUGGUAAAUAGUUUUUUUUAUGCCAUACAUAUAAAUACUGUUUUAAAUUUCUACCUUUUUAAAUGACUGUAUUCCUGACAGUUAUCAUUUAUAGCUCCUCUAGCAGUGUUGAUGCUAUUGUGAAAGGAUAGCUUGAAAAGUAUUGAGAAACAAUCCGUGUUUAAUUUGUAGCUGUCUAAUUUUUUUAGAAUUAAAAUUGGAAUGCAGGCUUUUGUCAGAGCAUUGGCAUCAACUAAAUUAGCAUACACAUUUAACGUGUUGUUAUAUUGCAGUUUCAUAUUUGUUCUUUAACUCCAUUUAGACCCUUCAGUCAUUGACGGUACAUACUGCAUCAUACACUUUCACAAAGUAAUGGACCCAUAAAAUACCCCUCUACAAAAUGGAAAACUUUGACUGUAAUCUCGAAGCUGGAGCCAUCAGAACCUCCAAGAAGCCCCAUUCUUUUUCAGAGUUGUGGACUGCACCAAUCUACUGAGAACGCGAACGCAGUAAUGAUGAAGGAAAUUUCUGAUACAUGGGAUGUUUCUGAAAAUGGUUCCCCCAUGAAAGAGGAGGAUACCAAUAACUGUACACUUGACAUUCCUAUGCAUGGAAAUGACUGGAAUGCAAAACAGUCUCAUGAAGAUAGCUUUAUGAGUGAAUCAUCAGGUUAUGAUUAUAACAAAGCUGCAGAUGAAGAUGAGGGUAGUAAUAGAGCAAUGGAUGAAGAUGAGUAUAGUAACAGAGCUUUGGAGGAAGAUGAAGAUAGUAAUAGAGCUGAGAAUGUAGAUGAGGGUAUUACUGAGAAUGUAGAUGAGGGUAGUAACAGAGCUUUGGAUGAAGAUGAGGAUACCAAUAAAGCUGUGAAUCUAGAUGAGGGUAGUAACAGAGCUUUGGAUGAAGAUGAGGACAGUAAUAAAGCUUUGAAUCUAGAUGAGGGUAGUAACAGAGCUUUGGAUGAAGAUGAGGAUAGUAGUAGAGCUGUGGAUAAAGAUGAGGGUAGUACCAGUAACAUUGCUAUGAAUGAAGAUGAUGAUAACAAAGCUGUGGAUGAAGAUGAAUUUAGUGACAGACUUCUGGGUGAAGGUGAGGGUAGUAAAACAAUGCAUCAUACCUCUUACAAUGAAAAGCUUGUUUUGAAUUUAUCUGCAAAGUCUCAAAAUCAAAAUAGUAACCAGCCUCCUUUUAGUCAAGAUGAAGAACCUGGUUGCUCUCUAAGUGCAGGUAUUAAUAAUGCUUCUGUUAAGGUUGAAAUUGAAGAUAGUGCAUCAUAUGGGCUAGAACAUGUUAUUGCUUUGUCAGUGAAGACAGAAAUUGAAACAAGUGAUGCAAAUGACAAUCCAGGAAAUUGUGAAGCAGCUGAAAAUCACAUUGAAAAUGGUCAUUUGAAUGUUACAAGUCCUGGCAGAAAUGUUUCCAGUAAUUUAGAAGUUACCAGCAAUCCUGUAUGUACUUCAGUAGAUAACAUUGUCAGGCAUGUGAAUCAUGAAAGCAGCUUGAGUGGAAGUAAUGACACAAUCACUUCAGUUAGUGAUAUGGAACUACGCGCAGAUGAAUCCACAGAUGUAAUAAAUGUAAGUGAGGCAGAAACUGAAGAAGUCAUUAAUGUUACAGCUGGUACAGAAAGCAAUAUGUCUACUAACACACUAGACUCCCCAGAGCAAGAAGUGGUUGAUUUGGAAUCAUAUCAGCCAUGUGUUGUGGAUUUAACAUGUGAGGAAGAAGAUGAUGUUGACGUUGUUGCUGUUGUUGAACCUGUCAUAUUUAUUGGUACUGAACAGCGGAGAAGAAACAGGAGACGUACAUCACCACCACCUCAAGUAGCAGACCCCGAUGACUUUGGAGGAAUAAACGCUGACCAUAGUGACCUUGUUAAUGAUGACACAAAUAAUAAUGCAGUGAAUGAUAGAAAUGAAGACCUUUGGGGAGUAUUGAACUCCCCAGAAAUAGACCUACAGAACCCAAAUCUGACAUUUGGAAGUCUUCUGGAACAGGCUCAUGUUGAGACAGUGGAUGAUAACCAAGUACAACCACCAAGGUCACCACAAGUACGGAGGCCAAUUAGGGAACUUCGUAGAUCAAGACGUCAGCGCCGUAGUAGAUCCAGAUCACCAGUCUUAUUUGCUGCAAUGGAUGUAGAAGUUAAUGAGCCUCAUAUAGCCAAUCUUGUGCAUGCGAUUAAUCAUAUUAUGCCUGAUGAUGACUGGCCUUUACCAAUGGAGGCUCCAAACCAACUGCCAUUAGAUGCUAAUCACUUGGUUGCCCAGGGACAUCACCACAGGAUUGCUCAGAUUCCACCUCCAAGACCACCUGCUAGUCCUCCACAUAUGGAACAGCCUACCAUUACCUGUUUAGUGUGUUUAGACUCUGUUGCUACUAUAAACAGUUCAUCCCGCAGUCUCUGCUCAACAGUGUGUGGACAUGUAUUUUGUUCUGCUUGCAUAAAAGAGGUGGUGAAGCAGCGAAAGCAGUGUCCUGUUUGCCGCAAAAGGCUAACCAAAAAGCAGUAUCACCCUUUAUUUAUUUAGUUUUGUUCUAUUUUAUGUUGUACAUAGUGAAAUCUAAUUUAAUUAGAUUUAUAAGAGUCCAACCCUUCAAGUGUCACUGAUGAAGAGUUCGCCAGAUUAUAGGGAUGCAAACUGCCAGUGGUUAGAAGUGACAAGUUGAUACCUUUUUCAAGUACUCUACUGUAAACAUACAAUGAAAACAAAAGGAGAAAGUAAGAAAUGAGGAAAAACCCUAAUUAGUGGCUUUGUUUAUUGUGGUCAUUUGUAAUUUAAGUGGAGUGAAAUUGAUAAAGAAAACUUCAUCAUCCUUUUGUUUCCAUGCUGCAGGUAAAGUUUAAGUAAGGAAUUUGCAACUGAAAACUGAUAGUUGAUAUAUAAGGAAUAUGCAACAGAAAACUGAUAGUUGAUAUACAAUAGUUUGAGCAAGACAAAAUGAAAAGACAUUAAUAACUGUCAGAUACGUUGAGUAGUUGUGCCAAUGUGCUUGAAAAAGUUGAAGACCUGCUGCUAUUGAUAUUCAGAACUACUAAAAGGCUUUAGUACUCUUCAAGAACAGAAGCAACAGAAUAGUAUUUUACUCCAGUGUCAGUUGUAGUGGUGUUGAAUGUUUUUUUUACAAUUCUAUUGACUUUGUUUUCAAAGGCAUAUGUCUGCUACAUGUUGAAUUGCAUUAUUGCCAGGGUAGUUAUGGACAUAUGAUUAUGUACAUUUCAGUCAGUCAUAAAUUUGUAUUCGACAGCAAGUGUUACUUCCAGAAUGUUGAAGUUAAUGAGAAGUUCUUAAAGAUUGCCGUGGAAACAUUUUUUUGUUUUUUCUGUUAAUAAGUAUUUGAAAGUAUUUCAAAACUUCAUUUUAAGAUGUUACACAGAGGCAGCAGAUGAAGACUGCAGUCGCAGCGUAUUCUUGGGGUUGCAGUCAUGGGUUAUUCUUGGGGUUGACUCUUGUUUUUUUAUACUUAUGACUUAUGAAAACAUUGUAGAUUGGCAGAAAUUAUUUUUUAAAUGUUAAUCAUAUAGAUAGGCUUAGCUCUGUGGUGAUUUGUGUACUGAAUAGUUUCCUUGCUGGAGUCUGCAUAGUUGUAUUCUUAUGUAAAUAUAUGUACAGUAAUAACACCUUCCAGAAUAUUAGUAUUACGUCCUGAAUGUGAUGUACUGCAUGUAGAUGCAUCUCAAACAUGUUCAGGAUAACUUGGUAAUUUAUAAAGUGUGCACAAACAAAGUUCUCAUUACAGGUAUAAAUUUAUAAUUGCCAUGUAAAGUACUGUGCAUUUCAUAACAUGUAUUAUAGCCGACAUUCCAUAUUUAUGUUGAGGUUUUUUCCAUUGUCCAAAUAACUUAAGUGAUCCAGCAAUACUUAAUGUCAUGAGAGUUUGAUAUCUUUGCAGAUUAUCUCAGGAUUAAAGGUAUUUCCUAUUUUCAACUUUUGAUGCUUAUUGAGGGCUGUAUGAAGUUGUGACCCAGAUUCUUAACAAAUUACCAUUAUUUCUUGAAUUUUUCUUUUUACUUUAGUAUAUAGCUGGCAGCUAUAUUCUGAGAAUGAUGCAAUUUAAUUUUGGUGAUGACAUCAGCCUUUGAUGUUCAUUACUAGCAUUAAGUUGUUAACCACUGUUCAAAUAAAAGAUAUGACAUUUACAAGAUAAAGAAGUAAUAAU